AUGUUGUACAAACGUCCACCCUCUACGACAUCCCUCUCCGACGAUGACGACGACGACGACCAGAACAAGUUCAUCGUCCACGAUGGCCUUGCAUCUACCUUUGCAGCUGCUUCGGCCAAAUGGGCUUCCCAUUGUGGUCCUCUUCCUCUUUCCUCUCAGAACGCUUCUCCCAUGUCCAGCCUUCCACCAGAGAUUCUCAUUCAUAUCCUUAAACAUCUACAAAUCCCUCGCGACAUCUACCACACCUUGCAAGUUUCAAGGAGAUGGUGUGAAUGCUCAGUGGAACUCCUUUGGCACAAGCCAACCUUCAACAAGCUCGAGCCUCUCAUUAAACUUACGAGGCUUCUAGCUUCUCCACGACAAACUUUUACCUACUCCAAUUUCAUCCGUCGCCUCAAUUUUCUCUCCAUUGGACCAGAUCUAAAAGACGAUGUUUUUACCGUCCUUGCCAAAUGCGAUCGCCUGGAGCGCCUUACACUCGUGGGAUGUAGCGCACUUUCGAGCACCACACUAUCCCGAGUUCUUCCUUCGUUUCCCCAUCUCGUUGCCAUCGACCUCACUGGUGUCGAAAAUACUUCCGAUUCUGCCAUCAUAGGUCUUGCCUCAGUUGCUAAGCGCCUCCAGGGUAUAAACUUGGGAGGUUGUAAGGAGGUUGGCGAUGAAGGCGUGUUUGCACUAGCCGCCAACUGCCCUCUUCUUCGUCGUGUCAAGCUUAGUGGGCUUGACAUGCUGACGGAUAAGCCCGUCUCUGCUCUCGCAAAAUCCUGCCCCCUUCUUCUUGAAAUCGAUCUGAAUGGUUGCAGGCUUAUUACCGACAUUUCGAUACGUGAUAUCUGGAGAUUCUCCACCCAUAUGCGGGAAAUGAAGCUGUCGCAUUGUCCUGAAUUAACAGACGCCGCCUUUCCCGCUGCAUUGAGGCGAGACAAAGUUCCUCAGAUGGAUUCACCAAACCCCUUCCCGUUGUCCUCCAAACCAGAAAGUGAUGAGUUGCCUCCCCUCAUUAUCCCUCGGAACUUCGAACAUCUACGGAUGUUAGAUUUAACGGCCUGUUCUCAAGUCACUGACGAUGCAAUCGAGGGCAUCAUAUCAUAUGCACCCAAAAUACGCAACCUGGUCCUGAACAAAUGUUCGUUGCUCACAGAUAGAUCUGUUGAGAACGUCUGUAGGCUAGGGAGGCACCUACACUAUUUGCAUCUGGGACACACGAGUAAAAUUACGGACAAGUCUGUGCGAACACUUGCCAGAUCAUGCACACGGCUGAGAUAUGUUGAUUUUGCCAACUGUGUGUUAUUAACUGACAUGGCUGUCUUCGAGUUGUCAGCUUUGCCGAAGCUGCGACGUAUCGGUCUCGUACGGGUUAGCAAUCUCACCGAUGAAGCGAUAUAUUCUCUUGCGGAUCGACACGCCACUUUGGAACGGAUCCAUCUUUCCUACUGCGACCAAAUCUCCGUUAUGGCUAUCCAUUUUCUUCUCCAGAAACUUCAUAAAUUGACUCACCUCAGUCUCACUGGAGUACCUGCUUUUCGUCAACCAGAGCUACAGCAAUUCUGCAGAGAACCGCCACCAGAAUUCAGCACGACACAGCAAUCUACGUUUUGCGUUUACUCUGGCAAAGGCGUUUCGCAGUUACGCGCCUUUUUGACUGAACUAUUUGACCGUAUCACUGAAAUGAAUGGUACCGAUGACACUGAAUACGAAGAUGAAGAAUAUGAUCCGGAUGCAUAUCAUGAAGACACCCCAGAACCUGAAUUACCCGAUGGCGAUCAAGAUGAUGAAGAGGAGUUUAUCUCUCGACGGAUGAUCACCCCUACCGCUGCUACUCGCGAUUUCGUCCAACCACGACCUGUCAUCGCACGGCGGCCAGCCUCACUGGAACGCGAGGCUGGCCUUCCCUCGACCAACUUCCAUGGUAUCGUUCAUCAUGUACCUAUACAAAGCUCGUUUACUCAGCAUCCCACUGCGGGAGGUUCUCGAAGAUUAGCAGGUCCUUCCAAUACCACUUUUAGGACAUUGGCAGAUGUGUUACCCCUUGUGGAGAACCCUAACUCGCCUCCACCUAGUGACGUAGCUUCGAAUCUCAGCGGAGGCACAAAUCAAUCUAGCGGUGCUGGUUUCUUCCGCAACUAUCGAGAAGGAGGUCACGGCAGAGGUGCGCAACCAGGGAUCCCCAUGGCGAGCCAACAGUUGCGGCGUGGACAGGGUCAUACCCCUCAUAACCGUGUACCAUUCAUCGAACCAGAACGUCUCACUUUACUCAAUUCGACGCGUCCAAUUUCUGCACCUUUGUUGGAGUUGAACACGUCCCCCCUCUCUAAUCAAGUUCAAGCGGACGACAAUAAUUGGCAAUAUCUCGAUGCAGACACAUCUAACGGUGGUGGUGGUUCCAGCGGAUCAACAGCGAGGGAAUUGCAUGAUUCAGUUCACUCUGCGCUGAGUGGGACUGCAGCGGACCCCAGGGGGCGAAGCGUGAAGCGAAGUCUUCGCAAUACCUUGAAUGCUGCAGAGCACUACGCUAGUUCGUUCCUAUUUGGUCGUUCAUCCACUCGCAUUCAACAUGAAGAUGGGCCUAGCGCAUCCGGUAGUGCAGCCAAUCCCAAUGGUCAUUAA